AUGUCUCCUAAGCUGAAAGACCCUGGUAGUUUUUCCAUACCAUGUGUAAUCGGAAAAUUUAAUAUAGACAAAGCUAUGUGCGACUUAGGAGCCAGUGUUAGUUUAAUGCCUUUAUCCACAUGCAAGAAACUCAAUUUAGGAGAACUAAGACCAACGGAGAUGUCUCUACAACUAGCUGACCAUUCUGUUAAAUUUCCAAUAGAUAUGCUAGAGAACAUUCUCGUUUGUAUAGGUAAAUUCUACAUUCCCACCGGCUUUGUGACAAUGGAUAUAAAGGAGGAUUCCCACAUCCCUAUUAUUUUAGGAAGAGCCUUUUUAUUCACAACUAGAACCAUCAUAGAUGUCAAGAAAGGAAAGCUAACUUUCCAAGUUAGGGAAGAAAAAGUUGAAUUUAUUUUAGCUCAAUUCUUACAGGCGCCAGCUAUAGAAGAUUCAUGUUGUCUCUUAGACGUCAUCAAAGAAUGCGUGAAAGAAAUGGAGAGGGAACCAUCUAAGUGUACUUAA